AUGAUGCUUCCUGAAGAGCCCCCGCGCCUCAUCAGCCCCCUGAGUCCAACAUUCGCAUACUUUCUGGGCACCGGCAUGCUACUGAUAGCUCUGAAUUGCUUCCUCCGUCCGCGCCAGGAGUACCGGAGGUUUGGCCUCCCCCUCGAAGAUUCCCGCACACCCGCCAAGAAGAAAACCCACUCGCCACUCAUAUACCUUAAAGGCUCCCGCGAGCUCACCUACGGCCUAGCACUUAUCAUUCUACAGUACCAGGGCAAUGUGGCCGGGGUCACGGCCUUCGCUGGCAUCAUAUCACUGGCAGGACUGGCAGACGGCCUGGUGACAAAGACACUUGGGCACUUUUUCGCCUUCGUCGUGCUUGCGAGCUGGGCGGCCUGGAGAGUACACCAGGUUCGGGAGGACUCGAAGGGUGGGUGGCCGGACGACCAGGUACAUAUUUUGGGCAGGUGA